AUGCAACGAGUUAAACCAAUACAUGGCAAAUUGUUUGCAUUUUUACCAAUGUUUUUGUCUACUUUCGACAUUAUAUCCGAUGAGAUUGAAUUACCUUCGGAUAAGUCAUCUACUGGUACUUCUAUGUCCGGCCCGGAUUAUAAAGAUUAUAUAUUAAAUAAAAUAUGUUCUUAUAAAUGGCAUGCGAGUAAUGUUUUAAGUCUCAUUGGAGAAUUUAGAGACAUAGUAAUGACAAAUGAUCAGCGACUUAUUUUACGAGGUAUUUCUGAAUACUUCAAUAGCCUUGAUGAAGAGGUUACAGAUGAUCAAGAAUCAAAUUCUAAAGUUAUAGCCUCAGCGCCGAUAGCAGAGAUAUUUCACAAGAUAAUUCGAAAGACAUCUUUUGGAUGGGAUCAAGUCACGCAAAGUUUAGUACAUCUCGGAAUAUUUAUAUUAGAUUCUGCGGUUCCAUCAAGUCCAUUUGGCAAAAGCGUUGGUAAUGGACCACCAACAACUUCUAACGAAAUGGCAGAUUCUUACCCGAGUCAUUUCAAAGGCACCGAGUGCUGGGUACUUCCUGAAUCUGCUUCAGCUAAUUACGACACGGCUUAUGACAAAGGACAACUUCAGAAAUGUAAAGACUUUAUUCAACUCUUGAUUGAGAGGCUACUUAAAGCCGACAUGACAGAGUUCUCGAUUGAUCCAGCUUCCGACUUUAAAAUGGCAAAACAUACACUUGAUUCAUCGCAAAAGAUUUUGACGUUAUUCAAAAAGUAUAUGAUUUUGUUUGAAGUCCUAAGGGAAAAAUCUGUUAAUGUUCGAGACGAUAAAUGUUCAAGUGUUAUUCCAAAUGAUGAUUCAAGAAAAGAUAAGGGAAAGUCGAGUCUUUCUAUUGCUUUAGAAAGCUUUAUGCUUCUAAGUCAAGCUGUAUCAACAAGUUGGCCGGAUAAGCUAAAAGAUUUUUUAGAGUUGUCUUACCAAUCAGAGGAAUUGAAUGAGAGACGUCCUGAUAAUUUGGAUGGUUGGCUUAAUUUGUAUAUUCAAGAAUUUGAGGGCAAAGAUACCGAUUCUGAGUCUCAGGGACACAUUGAGCAAUUAAUUGAGUGGUUUAAUACUCUUUGUAAAGAACGCGUCAUUGAAGAUACGGGGCUUGCUAAAAUUAUCGUCAAUCUUUUACUUAAGUUAGAGCGCGAUAUGGCAGAUUUUGAUACUGUUGUGGAAAUGGCACACGAUAUGUUUGUUGUUUUAGGUCCUAUUACUGGUCGACCUGAAUCAAACGAAACGCAAUCGCAUAAAUAUAUGAUUGUUAAUGCUCGAACAAGUGCAACAGUAUGUGGCAUUUUGAUAGAGUUUUUGAAUGCAAUUUAUGAUGAAAUGGAAUGGUAUUUGACUAAGUUAAGAGCGUUGUGUGGUGCCAAUCAAUUUAUUGACGUAAUUAAAUUAGCUGGAGGCGAUUUGACAAAUAAUUUAUAUAAUUUUCUUACUGCAUUUGGUCAAGUAAAAAAUAGUGCUUAUCGACUGACAAGUAAAAAAGGAAAAACAAAAUCUAAGCCGUUGGCACAAAAG